GCCGUGUCUUUUACUUCUGUGGCCGCCUGAAGCGAUGAGGACUUUGGAGGAAAUUCAGGCCACGUUAGAAGUGGCGAAAUUGGUCCCGGCCGAUCUCCAGCCGUCGGUGCAAUGUAUAUCGUUCAGUGAAAGUGUCAGUUCGGGGGAUUACUGCCUCAUGGAACUGGACGAAACGCUUUGUAGAUACAUUGAAUCUGGGCAGAGCUUGAUUAUCCGAGGUGAUAAGGAUGAACAUGCUGUAUUGUGUAGUGAGGAUAAAACCUAUGACUUGAAGGUGGCUGAUACAUCGAACACGCUGCUCAUUAUACCUGAUUGUAAAACCCCUGAUCAGCUUCCACCCAACACCAGCGUACAACAUGUGAUGCACUGUCAGAUAUUUGGUUUUGCUAAAAGUUAUUGGGAGUUGAAGAGAUCACGGCCCAAAUUGAAGAAAUUAAAGAAACUUCUAAUGGAAAACCCAUACAAUGGACCAUCUGGUGAGAACGAGAGAAAUUUGGAUUAUCCAAAGUAUACAAUGGAAGACUUAAUGGAGACCAUUCAAGCUAGUGAGCAGGAGAUAAUGCAGCAGUUGCAGCUGUUACGUGCAUGCAGGAUUGAAGGGUACUGGAGAAUUCUGGAACUUGAUUAUGAAAUGAAGCUACUGAAUCAUGUGACUCAGUUGGUUGAUUCAGAAUCUUGGUCGUUCACUAAGAUUCCUCUCAGUAUUUGCCUUCAAGAGCUGGAACUUCUUGAGCCAAGGGAAAUGAUAGAACAUUGCCUGAAUUGUUAUGGCAAACCAUAUACGAGUGAAGCAGGGGAAGUUUUUUAUGCCUUGAGUGAGGAUGAAGUCUGCAAGUCUACUGCACUGAUGCUAUUACAAAAUGCUGUAAAGUUCAAUCUGUCAGAGUUUGAGGAGGUGUGGCAGCAGAGUGUACCUGAGGGUAUGUCAACAAGACUGGAUCAACUCAAGGGUGUUGCUCUUGUGGAUAGAAAUUCAAGGCCUCAAGUGAUUUCCCAGUUAAAUGUGGAGGAUCUGUCAGAGAACAUACAGGAUCGUUUCAACAGUCUCUUUAACAUCAGGGAGAAAUGGACAGAAGAAGAUAUUGCUCCAUAUAUCCAGGGUUUAUGUGGAGAAAAACAGACCAUUGGGUCUCUACUGACCAAAUAUGCUCGUUCAUCUCUGCAGAAUGGUGUGAAAGUUUUCAGCUCAAGAAGGCCAGUUUGAAGGUGAAAUAGAACACACAAAACCCAUCAGAAAGAUGUGCAUCAAAUAUCACAAGUGCUUGUGUUCCUCCUCAAUCUUCCAUGGUUAUGGAAUUUUAACAUUCAUUCUUCCUUAGAACUGUGUUUAUUUUUCUGGAAAACAUGAUAAAGAGGCAGAAUAUGUUCUUGAUAUGGUGACAAAAAUAAAAGUUACACCACUAUUAAUUAUGUCAAGGAGCAGGUGGGUACUUUGAACUUUUAUCCCGGAUUGCAAAAAAAAACUUGAUGAAGUUUAUAUUUCUUUAUUGCACUUUCUAAUCUGCACAAUUAUGCCAAUUUGUAUAUUUGACAGUGGUUGCUUAAUGAGUACAUUAUUUGACACCAGCUGAUCAUGGAUUAUUGCAUUGUAGUGCAUGGCAAUAUAAGGUGUUCUAAAGUCCAUUUACAUCUGAAUUUGUUUGUUUAAUAAAGUAAAAAAUGCUUUCUGGGCAAGCAUUCUGACUGAUAUGAUUCCAUUGCUCUCCCAAGUUUUUUUUAGUGAAAAGUCAACCAAAUUAUUGAUG